AUGGGGAUCGAAUCCGGUCGGACGGGAACGAAUCCACGUGCGAGACGCGUUCCACCGGAGAAGGAGAGAUGCGACUCCCCGGAGACGUCGGGAAACCUCGGAAAUUCUCACCUCCCGAUUCUUGGAGGGUCGGAAGCUCCACGUUCUCGAUGCCGCGUCCUUUCCUUCCGUUUCCGUCGCGCCGUCGACGUUUGGAGAAGACGCAAGCGGUGCCACGUGCCGCACCGAGAAGCGUACGCGCUUCUCGAUGCGGCACGCGACGACCACCGAUGCGGGCCCGCGGUGGCCGGGCCGGGGGACCUCUCGCGGAGUCGAAGCGAGUCCAGAAUUUCUCUCCGUUCCACUCGUCGAACGACCACCGACGAUGGAAUCCUCGAUGGAGGCGUGCGGAGCCCGCAGAAGCGAGCCUCGAUCGAGGUGGACGAUAAACCGAUCGACUUCGAGUGUACGGCAGAGAGCGGCGACGGUCUGUCCCUGGUGGCGAACUUCCACGAGACGGCACCGCACCAGGGGACGGUCGUGAGGGGACGACUGGAAGUCUGUCCCGAUCCGGGAUCCAACGGGUACCUUCUCCUCAGGGUCUAUCCGGGAGUCUGCAUCCGAGACGGGGAGGAUCCCGUCGUGCCCCCGUGCCGAGGGAGAUCGUCGGGUUCCCGGGCGAACGCUCGCGAACGAUGGGAUUUCGAGCACACCUUUCGCAACGCGACGCUGAGGGACGCGUCGGAGCUGGAGGCGAUCGUCGUCAGGGCCGGCGCUUCCGUCCAUUACGCGCUCACGCUCCGUCAAGACGCCGCCGCGGAAUCCAAGCUCUGGCACCACGACGUCGGAUCCCCCGCCGAUCCGUCGAGCGACACCCGAUCCGGGAUAUAAAAACUCUCGCGAGCGCGACGAUCGAUCUCGUGCCCCACGAUUCCACGCGUUCCGAUCGUCGACCUUCGGGAAAGGAGUUCGCCUCCUCGCUCGCACGUCUCUGCGAACUCGUCGUGUGUCGUCUUCGAGAGUGACUGAUGGUGUCGAUUCUCGACACGAGAGAUAAAAAAGACGAAUCGAGUGGCACGUCUCGCGUCCGUCACCCCGAUCGAAUUCGAUCGAGAGCCCUUGCAACCUUCGAUCCUGUUUGCUUCCCCGAUGAAUAAAUUCUCUUCCCGCUGGCUA